UAUCUCUCUCCUUCUUUUCUGCUACAAUACAAACGACGCACAUUCCCGGCAGGCUAAAAGAUUCUCCUUCCUCCUCCAUCUUUCGUUUCUCUCUUCUUAUUCUUCUUCUUCCUCCUCCUCCUCCUUUAUCUUUCCUUUCCUUUCUCAAACCCUAAAUCAUUCUCUCACCAACCAAACAUAAAUAUUAGUAACAAAAGUUAUUAAUAUUAUUAAAAAUUUUAUUUUAUUUGUUUCGAAUGGGGUGUGCUACUUCGAAACUCGACGAUCUACCGGCAGUUGCGCUUUGCCGUGAGCGCUGUGCUUCUCUUGAAGAAGCUAUACAGCAGCGGUUUGCGUUGGCGGAAGCUCAUAUUGCUUAUAUACAUUCCUUGAAGAGAAUUGGUAGUUCGUUACAUGAUUUUAUUGAGAAAGAAAAUUUUAGUUCCGCCGGCGUCUCUACUAAGCUGAAUUUACCUCCGGAUAAAAAAGGUGAAGAUUUAAAAGCUGUUAAAUCGAGUUCGCCGAAGAAAGGACAUCAUUCUUAUUCUAAUUCUGGCUCUCAUAUUCAAUUUCACUCAGAUGAAGAUGACGAGGAUGAUUUUUCGCAUCUUCACCAUUCUGAUAACUCCUCGCCGUUGCAUAGUCAUGGUGAAGGGAGUGGUGAUGAUGGUGGGGGUGGAGGAGGAGGAGGUCAUAUUCAGUAUAUGAGCUCGGAGUAUAUGAAUAUGGAUCAAGAUUCGUUUCCGGGCGGCGGAGGUAGAUUUUUUCAUACGAAUUAUAUGAAGAAUAAAGGCACCACUCCGUCUGUUGUUUAUGAGCAAAGGCCAGUGAGUUCUGAGCCUGUUCAUUUUGGUGAAUCUUCGUCCUCGGCUUAUCAUGGUAAUUAUUCGAAUAGCGGUUAUGGAAUGAAUAACUCAAGCACUUACGGUUACUCUGGAUAUCCAAGUUAUGGUUAUGGUGGUGGUGGUUAUUAUGGGCCUGGGAAUCAGUAUGGAUCUUCAUCUCCACCGCCUGCAGCUGUGGCUUCCUCGUCGAAGCCGCCUCCGGCUCCGCCUUCACCUUUGCGAGCUUCAGCUUGGGAUUUCUUGAAUGUAUUUGAGAGUUAUGAUAGGAGUUAUCCACAGUACACGCCGAGUAGGAAUUCCAAGGAGUUGAGAGAAGAGGAGGGGAUUCCGGAUUUGGAAGAUGAGGAUUACCAACAUGAGGUUGUGAAGGAAGUUCACGGGGAUCAGAAAUAUAUGGACGGGGAUAAAAGUUAUUCGAAAUCACCAGUAAUGGAUGAUGAGGAUGGCAGGGUUAGAGGUGAACCUGAGGCUUCACUUUAUCAAGCUAGGCCAAGUGUGGAUACUGAGGAAGAUAGAGUGAAGUAUGAGGUACAUGUGGUAGAUAAGAAAAUUGUUGAUAAUGAGAGGUCGGAGGAGCGUGGCAAUGCUGGAUUUAAGGGUGGCGGGCCACUGGAAGUGGCAAUUGAAAUUAAGAUUCAAUUUGAGAGAGCUUCAGAGUGCGGGAAUGAAAUUGCAAAGAUGCUUGAAGUGGGAAAGCUCCCGUAUCAGCGCAAACAUGCUUCCAAGAUGUUGCAAGGAGUAACUCCGCCAUUACCUGCAGCAUCUUCACAGCCGUCUACUUCUGGAAAUGCUGAGGUUGGUCCACCUUCCUUGGAGAUUGAUGAAGAAUUGAUGAUGAGGUCGAAAAAUCUUUCUUCUACUUUACAAAAGCUAUAUCUUUGGGAGAAGAAGCUCUAUCAAGAAGUUAAGGCUGAGGAGAAAAUGCGGGUGGCUCAUGAGAAAAAGUGUCGUAAGCUGAAGCACUUGGAUGAGAGGGGUGCUGAAGCUCACAAAGUUGACUCAACUCAAACUUUAAUCAGGAGUUUGUCAACAAAAAUAAGAAUGGCAAUUCAAGUUGUAGACAAGAUAUCGGUUACAAUAAACAAGAUUAGGGAUGAAGAGCUAUGGCCGCAGCUAAAUGAAUUGAUUCAAGGGUUAACCAGAAUGUGGAAUAGCAUGCUUGAAUGUCAUCACAAUCAGUGUCAAGCAAUUAGAGAAGCCAGAGGCUUAGGUCCCAUUGGAUCAGGUAAGAAGCACGGUGAUGAUCAUCUAUAUACCACAAUGCAGCUGGAGCAUGAACUGCUUAAUUGGACUUCCAGUUUCUCUAGUUGGAUUGGUGCCCAGAAAGGUUAUGUGAGAUCCUUGAACAACUGGCUCGUUAAGUGUCUUCUUUACGAACCAGAAGAAACACCAGAUGGCAUAGUUCCUUUCUCUCCUGGUAGGAUGGGUGCACCCCCCGUUUUUGUAAUCUGUAAUCAGUGGGCACAAGCUAUGGAUAGAAUAUCUGAAAAGGAAGUAAUUGACGCAAUGCGUAUUUUUGCAUCGAGUGUUUUUCAACUCUGGGAGCAUGACAAAUUAGAAAUGCGUCAGAGACUGAUGACAAACAAGGAUUUGGAGAGUAAAGUCAGAGACUUAGAUAGAAAGGAUCAAAAGAUACAGAAGAAGAUUCAGGCAUUGGACAAGAAAAUUGUCCUGGUUGCCGGGGAUGGUAAUGGUCUAUCAGUAACUGGAAAAAUUGUAUAUCAAAGUGACACUAGUAAUAGUAGUCUCCAGGGGAGCCUGCAACGGAUUUUUGAGGCCAUGGAGAGAUUCAUGGCUGAUUCAAUGAAGGCUUAUGAGGAGCUUGUGCAACGUAGUGAAGAAGAAAGGCUUGCUCGAGAACAUGAAAGAGUUUCAUAGAGCUGCAUGGUGCAAUUGACUUUCAUUCUCCUUAUUCAUUAGUUUGUUUCGAGUCCAGAACUUGCAGCCCUAUGAGAACCUGCAUAAGGUGGACGAUCUUCAACAAUCCAUGAUAUUGGUUCAACUGGCUCGGUUCUCACUGGAUUUUUCUUACUCCAAAUGUGGUCCAUAAUGGACUACUCCAGGUUGUUCAAUUCUUCAACAGGGGGCAAGCCAUAUUUGGUAGCUUAGAUUUGGGAGGAUCGCCAAGUUUGUGAGGAGAAUCAUCCUUCUCGCACCUCUGAAGAAUUUAAUUGCAUCAUGUAACAAUUGCAAUUGGGUAACAAUUUGCAAGGGAUGCCAAGGGGCGGGCAGCAGACAUUAAGUUCAUGAUGUUGUAAAACCAAAUCGAUCCACCACUCUGGCAUUCUCGAAGUUUCGGCAACGACCAGUAGCCUUCUCGGGAAGGAAAUAAGGACCAAUCUUUGAGAAGUUCACGAUAGUUCCCCUCUAUUUUGAAAGAGGAUGAGUUACUGUAGCUUCACCGGCAUGUCUGACGCAAGUCAUGGAAAUGCCCAGAGACAUCUUAUGUAUGGUAAAAUAACUUCUUUCCUUGGAAUAUUUAUUGACACUAUUAAUUUUUGUACAUCCCUUUUCAAUGAACUGCUUUCAAUAAAUAGUUUUUUUC